CAUCAGCUGCACUAAGUCACAUUAUAAUGGGGACUGUUUGCUUUUCAUGGCACUUGUCUUUGCUUCUUACCGUAUUAUGCACAGCUGGGCUCUCAGAAGGCAGUGGGCUCCCAGAUAUCGAUGAAUGUGCCGUUGGGACAGACGACUGUCAUAUUGAUGCUAUUUGCCAAAACACCCCAAAAUCCUACAAAUGCAUCUGCAAGCCGGGAUAUAAAGGAGAGGGGAAACAAUGUGAAGAUAUUGAUGAAUGUGACAAUGACUACAAUGGAGGUUGUGUGCAUGAAUGCAUCAAUAUUCCAGGCAACUAUCGAUGCACAUGUUAUGAUGGAUUUAUGUUGGCCCACGAUGGACACAAUUGUUUAGAUGUGGAUGAAUGUCUUGAUAAUAAUGGUGGAUGCCAACAAAUCUGCGUUAACACCAUGGGCAGCUAUGAAUGUUUAUGCAAAGAUGGGUUUUUCCUUAGUGAUAACCAACACACCUGUAUUCACCGCUCAAAUGAAGGUAUGAACUGUAUGAACAAAGACCACGGGUGUGCACAUAUCUGCAGGGAGGCACCGAAAGUUGGAGUGGCCUGUGAGUGUAGGCCGGGCUUCGAACUUGCCAAAAACCAGAGAGACUGCACAUUAACCUGUAAUUAUGGAAAUGGAGGAUGUCAGCACACCUGCGAUGACACAGAGACUGGCCCAGUGUGUGGGUGUCAUCAGAAGUAUGCGCUGCACUCAGAUGGCAAGACUUGCAUUGAGAAGGAUGAGGCUGCAAUUGAGAGUUCUGAGUACAAUACCACGUCAGUAGCUGAUGUGGACAAGAGGGUGAAACGUCGACUGCUUAUGGAAACGUGUGCUGUCAAUAACGGAGGCUGUGACCGCACUUGCAAAGACACAGCCACAGGAGUCCGUUGCAGCUGUCCGGUGGGAUUUACCCUGCAGCCUGAUGGGAAAACGUGCAAAGAUAUUGAUGAGUGUUUGGUGAACAACGGUGGCUGUGAUCACUUUUGCAGAAACACUGUUGGAAGCUUUGAAUGCAGCUGUCAGAAAGGAUACAAGUUACUGACCGAUGAACGCACCUGUCAGGACAUAGAUGAAUGCUCGUUUGAACGGACCUGUGAUCACAUCUGUAUCAACUAUCCCGGAAGUUAUGAAUGCCUCUGUCAUAAAGGUUACACCUUGUACGGAAUGACUCACUGUGGAGACAUUGAUGAAUGCAGCUUAAACAAUGGUAGCUGUGAUUCUGGUUGUAUUAAUACAUUGGGAAGCUAUGAAUGUGUCUGUCCGCCUGGGAAGAGACUUCACUGGAAUAAAAGAGACUGUAUAGAGAUGGUGAAAUGCCUCCCAAAUUCCAAGCCUGCCCUCAAAGCUCAGUUGUCCUGCAGCAAAGUAGGAGGACUGGAAAGCUGCUUCUUAUCGUGUCCGUCUAACACGUUUUAUCUCCCAGAUUCAGAGAAUAGCUACUCAUUAAGCUGUGGAGUUCCAGUCCAGCAAAGCAAGUCAUAUCAGAGACGCAAUUCAACAACACCAACCUGUUCAGAUAACCUAAGUCUUCCAGUAACUCAAAAAGCCCGUUUUAAAAUUAAGGAUGCAAAGUGCCACUUACGACCAAGAAGCAAAGAAAAAAUGAAGGACUCAGGGAAGUCAUCACUGAUGGAUAAUUGCCAUGUAACCUUUGUGAAUCUCAAGUGUGACUCUUCAAAGAAGAAGAGACGUGGACGCAAGUCACCUUCAAAGGAAGUGUCUCAUAUCACUGCUGAGUUUGAGCUGGAGAUAAAGAGGGAGGAAGUGUCAGACACCUGUAGCAAUGAUUGUGUGAGGAAAAAAAUGGAACAAAAGCUGCAAUCAGCAAUCAAGUCUCUGAGAAAGUCCAUAAACAAGCAACAGUUUUAUAUCCAGUUUUCUGGGGCGGAAUACGAAGUUGCCCAGAAGCCAGCAAAGGGCUCCGAGAAUCUGGAGGUGUGCAGUACAGGCCAAAUGCAGCAGGAUGGAAAAUGCGUCAGUUGUGGUGUUGGCAGUUAUUACAGUGGAGAACAUAACCAAUGCUUCCCUUGUUCGCCGGGCACAUACCAGGAUACUGAAGGGCAGCUGGCGUGUGAGCCUUGUCCAAGCAAUGAUGGUGCGGGCAUAGCAGGAGCACGAAAUGUGUCGGAAUGUGGAGGACAGUGCCCACCCGGGUAUUUCUCCUCCGAUGGCUUCAAACCGUGCAAGUCCUGUCCUCUGGGCAGAUAUCAGCCUGAGAUUGGCCGUACCAUGUGCUUCACCUGCGGAGGAGGGCUUGUGACUAAAUAUGAAAGUGCAGUUUCCUUCCAGGACUGUGAAACAAAAGUCCACUGCUCUCCUGGACAUUAUUACAACUCCACAACACACCGAUGUAUCCGAUGUCCUGUUGGGACGUACCAACCUGACUUUGGACAGAAUUACUGCAUUACUUGCCCAGGGAACACAAGCACAGAUUUUGAUGGCUCCACAAAUGUCACACAUUGCAAGAAUCAACAUUGUGGAGGUGAAUUAGGAGACUACACAGGAUAUAUUGAAUCUCCAAACUAUCCUGGAGAUUACCCAGCUCACGUGGAAUGUAUCUGGAACAUUAACCCACCCCCAAAAAGGAGGAUACUUAUAGUUGUCCCAGAAAUAUUUCUUCCAAUUGAAGAUGAAUGUGGAGAUGUUUUAGUAAUGAGAAAAAGUGCCUCUCCAACCUCCAUAACUACAUAUGAGACAUGCCAGACAUAUGAGAGGCCGAUUGCUUUCACAUCCAGGUCAAGGAAACUUUGGAUACAAUUUAAAUCUAACGAAGGAAAUAGUGGUAAAGGCUUUCAAGUUCCAUAUGUUACAUAUGAUGAGGAUUAUCAACAACUUAUAGAAGACAUUGUUCGAGAUGGGAGAUUAUACGCCUCUGAAAACCAUCAAGAAAUUUUGAAAGACAAGAAGCUGAUCAAGGCUCUCUUUGAUGUAUUGGCACAUCCCCAGAAUUAUUUCAAGUACACAGCGCAGGAGUCAAAAGAGAUGUUUCCAAGAUCUUUUAUUAAGCUGCUGCGUUCUAAAGUUUCCAGAUUUUUACGGCCUUUCAAAUAGCCUUAUUUUCAUAUUUUUAUUUUUUUUAUUUUUUUAUUAUUCAUGUUCGUCCAGUAAUUUUAUUUCCCCUCGCAGUAGAAACCUUUGCAAAUAAAGAUAUUUUAUCAUGGAUUUGGAAGAAUAAUGCCUAGGGCUAAUCUAAAAAUAUUCCUGUGUGGACACCGCAGACUGCAACAUUUGGAUUCCAAACUGAAAAAAAAAAGUUUAGACCACUUUUUCAGGAAGAAAGCCCUUCCUUUGUAUUAAUUUACAAAGCAGCAUUUUAUGUUCCUAGAAAAUCAAAAUUACCAUUCAUUUGGAACUGAGCUUUCAACGUGCUCCUACAACAGAGGUUGAAACCUUAACAGGUGGUUGCUUUUAAAGAGGCUUACACAAUAUUUUUGAUUUAUGAUGCAACAUCCUUGAUAAGUGGAAAAGCAUUGAAAAUGAUCACUGUUGAAACCUCUUUUUGGACAAACACAAACCAGUUGGUACACUUCCCUUUCUUCAACUGAUAUUUUAGACUGCAGUAGCCAUAUAAAAUAAUAGCUUUGUGCUAUCUCAUAAGCAAUAUCUCAGUUCCUUGAUACACCUUGAGAUAAUGCCAUUUGUAAUUUAACUUGAUAAUUAUAACUAUUUCCAUUAGUUUUUAAAAGCCAUUGGUUAUGGACAUAAGCACUAUUCAACGACUUGCUGGGUAUCACACACCAACAGCAUAAUGUAACCUGCAAGAAAUCCAAGAUUUUAUGUUUGUCUAAAUGAUGGAAAUGUUCUUCCCUUAGCAUGUUAGUUUAAACUACAGUAUGUUCAGUAUAAUGUGGAAGAAGAAAAUUCCUCCGAAAUGACAUUAGAUUUAAACUGUCCCAGAAUGCUUUGUUACACACAUACACAAACACACAGAACUUUUCUGAUGUCUCCUUCAAGAAAGACACAAGCAGAUCUUGGACUGCAGUUGCAGCUGAUCCACAGUAAUGGGUUUCUCACAGAAAGUGGAGAUACAACAAAAUAUGCUCUCUAAUAAGUGGGGCUCCCUAGAACUUUUUUCUUUGGAAUGGCUAAGAAGAAAUAUUUUAUUAUUAUUGUUCAGUUAAAGAAACUACCUGAAAACCUGGAGAGAAAAUAGAGUAUUAUGAAAAGAAAAGGAUGCGUGUAGUAUAAAUAAUAUUUUAUGUUUAAAUUGCACUUGAGUUUUAUAUGAGGAGUUUUCGAGAGGAGGGAAUGUUUUCCUUGAGGGUCUUGCAUUCAACACGAAACCAAAAACAAAUGAUUGUAUAGAAUGUCUUGCAUCGUGUUAUGAAAGAUGUCCAUUUUUCAUUGCUAUUCAUUACAAUUUAGCAAACUGAAUUUGAAGAUUGAGGAAUAAAAUGUAUUCUCGUUUUUAAAACGGCAAAUGGUUAUAAAAAUGACAUCAUGUCAUUUUAAAAUAGUGCGAUAAAAAUCUUGGAUAUGUAAAUUACUUUUCUAUUUCUAAACAAAUCAAACUACUAAAAAGGUAUAUUCUAUUUAAGGUUUCCCAACAAAUAAUAGAUGGUUAUACUUCAAACAAAUAAAAAUUCACUGGCCUCUAUUUAACAAGGUCUGGGGGACCUGAUCUGACAGUGCGGAUCAGGUCCGCCAGACCUCGCUGAAUACGGAAAGCAAUAAGCUCUCUGUAUUCUGCAUUGCCCCAGCAGCUCACAAGAGCUGCUGGUGCAACGCCGCCCCCUGCAGACUCGUGGCCAAUCAGCCGCCAGCAGGGGGUGUCAAUCAACCCGAUCGUACUCGAUCGGGUUGAAUUCCAGCGAUGUCUGUCGUCCUGCUCAGAGCAGGCGGACAGGUUAUGGAGCAGCGGUCUUUGUGACCGCUGCUUCAUAACUGCUGUUUCUGGCGAGCCUGAAGAAGUCCUUUCGGAGCUUUAUAGAUAGGCCCCACUGUCUUGAUUUGAAUACUAGAAAUGUAAAAAAAUGUGUAGAUACAGACGGAUAAGAUUGUUAAAACCUCUGAUGUUGCAACUCACAUUUCAAUUUGUAGCAAAAACUGGAAUCUAACUUUGUAAGAGGUUCAUGUUUUAUGUGCAGAGAAUUAAAGCAACAGAAGUCUUCUGACAUUUCAACAUAAAAGGGACGAUUUCUCAAAUGUAAGGCGGACAAGAUUCACUGUAGCAAAUCAUGUCCGCACGACAUCGCUAAAUGCUGACAGCAUAUGUUGUCGACCAGAAAUGCUUGUGCAAUGCCGCCCCCUGCACAUUCACGGCCUAUCGGCCACUAGCAGAGGGUAUCAAUCACAUCUGAUCGGGAUGAUUGCAGUCCGCCAUCUCAGAGGUGGCGGACAAGUUAAGGAGAAGCGGUCUUGAGACUUUUGCUGCUUGAUAAAUCGGCCCCUAAGUAUGAAUGUUAUCCAAGCAUUGUAUAAUUCCUGUUGGGUUAUGGAAGCCAUGGAUGGCAGGUUAUGAUUUUUUCAUUUCAUAUCAGAUAUACUUAAAUGGUAAAAUGAAAUAUCUCAUAAUCUUGGGACCGAGAGAUACCAUUUUAUUUUAUUAUUAUAGUUAUCAUCAAGGAAUUAGUGUGCUAGUUGUUUUUUUAGGCAUGGCUUUCCUUAAACUUAAAACUGUCAUUGCAGCAAUACUCAAGAUCAUACAAAGCUGUAGUUUCAUUAUGUGAGGUCUCCUUUUAUUCAUUUGAAUUACAAAAGUGAUUUCAGCUUUCAGAGGAAUACAGAUUAGCAGGGACAUAAGCUCAGGAGCCGGCCCAUUUCUGGAGCACAAUGUGGCAGCAGUUUUGCAAGAAUUUUAUCCAUUUGCAAGAUCACUAGAGGGCAGCACUGUUUCCUGCCAUUUAGUGAUCCAGAUGCCUACCUAGGUAUCUCUUCAGCACAGAAUAUCAUGGGAACGAAGCUAAUUUGAUAAUAGAAGUAAAUGGAAAGAUUUUUAAAAUGGUAUUCUCUGUCUGAAUCACAAAAAAAAAUGUUGAGUUCCAUGUCCCUUAAGAAUGACUCAGAUUAAAAGCUAAAAAAUAAAAUUAAAAAAAUUGAAAGCUAGAUCAACCAUCUAGGGGCUUGAGUGUUGAUUUCCUGGAAACAAAUUAGUCACUUAAACCAUAUAGUAGAGAAAAAGAUUGAGCCUAAUUUCCCUGUACAGUUUUAAAAACAUCAAAAUUCCCAUUAUUUGGUAAGAGCACAGGUGACAAAGCACAUGACCAUGGUGUGGUCUAGAAAUGUUAUCACACGUGAUGCUGAUAGGAAAUACUGUAACUUGGGGAUAGUUCUUUGGUAAAAGUGAUUAUGGGAAGUCUGCAUCUAGGUUGUCCCCUGGUUCAAGGGCAAACAGGUAUUUAUACUUCCUAAUAUCAUCUCCUGUAAUGGUUAUUGAUUAAGUAUGUUUACAUCAAAGCAUUGUCCUUGGGUUUGCAGAAAGGCAUACAGUGGUUAUUGAUUGAACAAUGUUCUUUAGUAGAAAAUCAUUUCUAUGCCAUAUCUUUCAUCCUGUUUUUUACAUAAUUACAGGAGGACAUUUCUCUCAGUUGUUAAUUUUAGUAUAUUAAAAAUAUCUUAACUGCCCUAGUGUUCUGGUGCAGUGUUACCAGAUGAGUGAUAUGGGAACAUUAUACGGUUUCCAGAGAGGAUUUAUAUGGCACUCUCAAUUCCCAUUGUAAUCAGGUUUUGUUGUUCUUAUAGUAAAGCUGGAACAUAUGGAAUUAGUUUUUUUUAACCAUUCCAAAGUGUAGCUUCAGAUAUUUACUAUAAACUUCUUUAUUAAUAUCAACUUGUCAAAUGAUUAUGUAUAUUGUAUAUGGCAUGCUUUUUGUGCGUAAUUGGAACUGUAUAAAUGUUAUGUGCCACAAAAUUAAGAUCUUUGCAUGUCACAAAUUGCUAUUCCUCUCUAAUAAACUACUCUUAUAAAAAAUCAUAAUAAUGGACAUAUAAGAAACUAAGCUAUCUUGAUAGACCAUGUAUUUUACAGCAGAUGGCAACCGCCAUGUUCCUGCUUAUUUUUGUCAUAUAAUCUGACUUCUAUGCAGCUUUGUAGAGAUACCCUUUUCUGGAAAGAUACCAUGAUAAAAUAAAUAAAUAGAUGUUGUUAAACAAAGUUCAUAUAUUAUAUAUUAGCUGUUUGUUCUUAUACUAUAGGCCGUUUAUCUGUGGACCAUACAGUAACUUUUUUCUCUGUAAACUAAUAGUCAAUUCCAAUUUUAUACACAAAAUGUAUUUGUCUAUAUUUUGAGGUUUUACUUUCUACAUACUGAACAUGAAACCUCUUUAAUAUAUUUUAGAAUCUGUUUCCUAACUGUAGGUUAAUGGGCAGAGAUGACAAUGGGGCCGAUUUAUUAACAGUCGGACGACGGACGGACAUGACCCGCUGUAGCAGAUCAUGUUCGCCCAACAUCACUGAAUGCCGAUAGCAUAUGCUGUCGGUAUUUAACAUUGCACAAGCAGUUCUGGUGAACUGCUUGUGCAAUACCGCCCCCUGCAGAUUUGCUGCUAAUCGGCCGCUAGCAGGAGAUGUCAAUCAACCCGAUUGUAUGAGAUCUGGCGGAUUUAUGGCCGCAGCCUCAGAGGAGGCGUACGAGUUAAGGAGCAACGGUCUUAAGACCGCUGCUUCUUAACUCCUGUUUUCGGCAAGCCUGAAGGCUCGCUCGGAAACAGGAGCAUUCAGGGCCAUUCACUCCUUAAAAGGAUACUGAACCCGAUUUUUUUUUUCAUGAUUCAGAUCAUGCAAUUUUAAGCAACUUUCAAAUUUACUCAUGUUACCAAUAUUUCUUCAUUCUCUUGCUAUCUUUAUUUGAAAAAGAACACAUCUAAGCUAAGGAGCCAGGCAAUUUUUGGUUCAGAACCCUGGACAGCCCUUGUUUAUUUGUGGGUAAAUGUAUCCACCAAUCAGCAAGAACAAUCCAGGUUGUUCACCAAAAAGGGGCGGUCUUCUAAACUUACAUUCUUGCUUUUCAAAUAAAGACACCAAGGGAAUGAAGAAAAAUUGAUAAUAGGAGUAAAUUAGAAAGUUGCUUAAAAUUGCAUGCUCUAUCUGAAUCACAAAAGAAAAAACUUGGGUUUAGUGUCCCUUUAAUAAAUCGGCCCCUCUGACUUUAGUGAAUCUACUGCAUUAAUGCUUAGAAACAUCUAAUUAUAGAGUUUUAGUUCUAACUUUUUGUUCCCAAGAAUAAAAGUGAAUGGAAAUAUAAUUUCUCUAGUAAGUGUUGCCUUGGUUCUGAAGUUAUGUCCUUAUAGUAGGUUUUAUCAUCAUUUGUUCCAUAAAUUGAUAGUUACUUUUUAUACUUCCCUAAAGAAAGUAACUUUAUCCUGAAUUUCAGUUUCCUAACUCCAGGAGUUUAUACAGAUGCUCACCAACCUCUGCAGUGCAUUGAAACAAAGGCAAAUUUAUUAAUUUGGGGAAAGCUCCAAAAUAUCUUAGAAUUGUAAAAUAAAUUAGGAAACACAAAAGUGGUCUUGGUGACAAGCAGUGUUCCCUCUAAGGCCAGUUUUGUGAGUGGCCCAGUAGUGAAACAGUUAAUUAUAGCAAUUAGCAAACACUACCGAAUGCAGACGGCAAGGUAUGGUUCCCUUAUUAACUGUUUCACUGCUGACAAGUGUAUUUUUGGAGGUAUUGCCAAUCCUAUAUCUUGAAGCAUUAAUGACAUAUGCUCCCCACCCAAGGAAACAUAUAUACUCUAUUUUAUAUAAUAAAAUAUUUGCAAUUACUCCCCUUUCCCAUAAAUACAGGGACAAAUAAACUGCUCUAUAAUCAUACAGAUGUUUUGUUUGUGUGGGAUAGUUUUAACCAAUCUUACUCUUUAAAAUGGCUACAUCUGUGUCUAUCAAAAUGUAUCUGUAAAUAAACUGUCUGGUGGUUACCUCCAGCUUUCUGUUCACACUGGUCAGCCAAUAGACAGCAGGAAUGUCUCUGGCAGUCAUAUUGACUGCGCUGACCAUAUACAUAUCACAACGGGCAAAAUCCAGUUCUAUUUUUCAGUAAUUCUCUAAUGGUUUUGGAUCACUAUACAGAUUUUAAAGCAUAGGCAUCUCAAGUGUGGGAGUGGGGGGCAGGGCUGGCCCCUUAAAUAAUGGCUGCUCAAUAGGUUUUUCUUCAACUGUGAUCAUCCCUCAUCAUAUAGUGAUGUUUUCCCACCACUUUAUAAAUAUAAGCUCGCACAUUCAUGUAGGUGAAUGCUUAAAGGGACAGUCUAGUCUAAAACAAACUUUAAUUGUUCAGAUAGGGCAUGUAAUUUUAAUCAAUUUUCAAAUUUACAUCUACCACCAAUUUUGCUUUGUUCUCUUAGUAUUCUUAGUUGAAAGCUAAACCUAGGAGGUUCAUAUGCGUUUUUACAGUUUUACACCACUAGAAGGUGUUAGUUCAUGUGUUUCAUAUAGAUAACACUGUGCUCAUGCACGUGGAGUUCCUAGGAGCCAGCACUGAUUGUUAUCUUAUUUCAGUUCUUUUGACAGACUUGCAUUUUAGCCAGUCUGCAGAAGCUUAGAUACAAGGUAAUCACAGAGAUAAAAAGUGUAUUAAUAUAACUGUGUUGGUUAUGCAAAACUAGGGAAUGGGUAAUAAAGAGAUUAUCUUUUAAAACAAUAAAUAUUCUGGUGUAGACUGUCCCUUUAAUUAUUUUAUUAGCAGGUGUUUAUCAUUGCAAUUAUUAGUGGCUGCUCUGAAUAAUUAGUGGAACCCAGAGCACCCCCUAUAUAUAGUUCCAGGAUACAUCACUGUUAAAAGGGAUUUGUAUCACUAUAGGGCAGUUUAUAAACUGGCCUUUGUAUUCAUUUAAACCCUUUUGCUCUGGGUCUAAUAUAAAUGUUAAAAAUACUGUGCAGCCAUUUUAAUGUGUUGGUCUGUACAUGGUAUCUCUAAACCUGCAGCAAAUCCAUAGUAUUCUGAGACACACUUUGUCAUCUGUUACCUUAAUUAAACCCUAACACAAUUAAAGGUUUCUUUUAAACAAUACAAUGUUUAAAGGGGCGUUAAACACCUGUUCUUUGGUGUACAAAUUGUGCUUGUCUCACAGGGCCUAGAGAAGCUGAAAAGCAAAUUCUCUAUCCCAGGUUUUCUUUCAAAAACGGAAAAGAAAUAGCUCCCUUAUAAAAAUUGCAGCAUUUUGUAGAAAACCUAUAUUACAGAAUUUGCUUUUUGGACGAUCUUGGAAGCAUUUGCCAAGCAGAUUCUGUAAACAAAGGGGCAUUUACAGUUUGCUAUAAUUAGCAUUGCAACUACUUUACAAUUAUAAGCACAUUACCUACAGUUUUACUCAACUUCCCAAGCUACAAACGCUUCUUUUCUCUGUCCAAUUAUAUAGAAGUCAAUUUUAUUAAACCUUCUAUCAUCACGUGGGAUACAGUUAUAUUAAAUGCAAGUGCUAAUAUAAUCUACUUAAAAAAAAAGCUUAAAAAUAUCUAGAAACAAUAUUCCAGUAUGUACAUGGCUAAAGGGGUUGUAGUGAAUGCUAUGCUCAAAGUUCCAAGAAGGGCCUGGUAUACAGACAAAAGAAGAAUAUAUAUAUGUAUAUAUAUAUAUAUAUAUAUAUAUAUAUAAUGUGUGUGUGUGUGUGUUGGUUCUGUUGCGGUUGUGGAUAUCACAACCAGAUAGUAACAGCAACAGUCUUCAUAGCUUUACUGAUGAGUUACUAUCAGGUAGUAACGUUUACAAAUGCAAUCGAUUCCAGGGUUUAGAAUGUUUACGCUCUGAUGCAUCUUUCUGUUGAACACAGAUAGGAUAUUUUGAUACUGAUAACUCAAAUAUUAUAGAAUAUCAAACAGUAAGUUGGGAUCCACUGGUAUUUUAUCCAUUGCUUGAGGGAAAUGCAUACAUUGUAUUUUAGGAAGAACUUUUAAGAAUUAUUAGAACAAGAUUAACUUUAAGCACUUAAAUUCAAAUAUUUGGUUAUUUGGUCAACGACUUGGAAUAAUCAAUUUUUCCAAUUCUUUUAUAUCACUAUAAUUUCUGCUACUAGUGGUGCAGAUUAUUUAAUACCCCCAGAAUGAUUUGGCCAAAUUAUGUUCAUAUUCUUUCUCAUACACCUGUUCUUUCAAUAUUGUUUUUGUUUGUUUUUUCAAUGUUGAUUGUCAAUUUAUGUGUUUUUCUACACAUACAACGCUAAUUCCUCCCCAUAACUGUACAGAAAACCAUCUGGAAAGGAAUACUUUUUAUUUCUUUUCAUAUUAUAUACAUUUUUAAUGUAGUUCUUUAUUUAUUAUACAAUUAGUCUUUUAGUGUUACAGGUGCAUUUACGGUUACUUUUUUUUAUACUCUGCAUCACGUGUGUCAUUCUUACUGUUUUUGAAUGUGUAAUACUUAUUUUUGUGGACAAUUUAAGUUUUCCCUUCUUUUUAUAAUAAUUACGAUUUGCCUACUUGUCACAUGAAUGCGUUAAGAGCACGAGAAAGUAGCCAAACAUGAGGUUUAUAGUGUAUUGAAAUUUAAAUGAAAAUAAUUACGGAAAUAAAAAAUAGUAGAACUUAUUGUCCUAAGAGUGAAAGCACUUUUUAGGACUCCUUGUAAUAUAUGACAAUAAAAUGUACAGAUGUCAUUUAGUUGUAAUAUUUAAUCAUUUGUUAUUCACCAAAAAGGUCAGAAAUACAUGUAAAACGUCACUGUUCUUGUUGCCUUUAAUAACUAUGUACUAUACAAAUGUUUGCAUCUGAACUGACAAGACUAUAAUAAAGAAAUUAUUAUAAUUUUACAA